GCCACGGCCGGAGCGUCACUUCCGGCGGAAGGAGGCGCGGGAGGUUCGAUCGGAGUCGGCUCUGCCUGCCGCCGGGAGUGUUGCCCGGGCAGGGUCCGCGUCCUCGGCCUGCGGAGUCCGCCUCUUCUUGAGAAGGGAGGUCAUUUUCAUUUUAGACCGUGCUCUUGCCGUCGCUGGGCCGGCGUUUAUUGAGCAUUUACUUACUGUGCUAUCGAUCUAGACACGGCUGAGCAUCUGAAAUGGACAUACAGGAAGGACAAUGGACACUGCGGCUUUGGAGGUGCUCAGGGAUACAUACGUGCUGCAAAGGGGUCUUGUCCAAACUGCUCUGAUGGCCCAGAGGGAAAAUACUGAUGAACCAGCCAUAUGAAAUUAAUGGCAAAGACACUGCUAACUUCUGGAAACUGCUGCACCUGAAGGAUCAUGAACAUCUGCCAGCAAAGGCCACAACAUGAAUACAUGAAUAGAAGAAGAAAAUUUCUUCUUGCCUCAGUUCUUGCUCUCCAAAAUUCAAGUUUUAUAUAUCCUUCAUGUCAAAAGUGCUUCUCUCGGAUAAUCUUAGUGUCCAAAAGGUCUAAUUGUCCAAAAUGUGGUUCUACUGGUGAAGCUGAAAAUGCCAGUUACAGAUACAGACUUUCCAUAAAAGUUGCAGAAUCAAAUAAAUUAUUUGGCAUUACUGUUUUUGGAAGCUGCUUAGAUGCAUUUUUUGGUCUUACAGCCACUGAUUUGCAUAGAUACAUUCAGGAUUCCAGUGAAAUUCCAGGAGCACUGGAUAGGGAUGCAACUCAGAACCUGUUAACUAAAGCCGUGGAAACUUGCUUUGUUGGACAGAACUUUAUAUUUGGAGUGACGAAUUUUGAAAAACAACAUGGGCAAGGUUCAGAUUCCAGUACCUUCUUAGAACAAUGCCUUGGCCGCAGGAGAGAAAUUAAAGAGCUACUAGCUUGCCAGAUUGUCCUACCAGACCCGAGUGUCGCAGGCUUCACUGUCAUUGACUAUUUCCGGCAGCUUUUGCAGCUUUCCAAUUUCAGGAAACUCCAUGGUGGCUCCCAGGCACCUACGAGCCACCUGCUUGCUUUAGAACACUCAAGUAGUGAUCUCAGCAGCAUGUGUAGCCUUGACAGCAGCUCUGAUUUUGUGGAAUCCCAUGGCAGAGAUAACUUUUUAAUGUCCUGGCAGUCAUCACUUGAACUCACUUCCAUUGUUUCACAGCUAACAGAUGAGGAUAAUUUUUCAGCUUCAGAACAGAGCAAGGCCUUUGAUACUCUUCACCAGAACAGAAAGUGCAUUUCCUUGGCAGAGGCCACUGAUUCAGGUGGUUGCCAUGAUGCCAUUCAGUGUUCAUGGAGCCUUGUUUCAUAUAUGGAUAAAAAGAGCACAGCACAAAAGUUAGGUGAUGAACUUGGCUUACAAGCUAAUCAGCCAAGUGCAGUACACAGCAGUCAUCAUGAAAUUGGAGUUACUGGUUCUAAUUUAUUCUUGAAAAUGCAAGAGUCCCAUGAGCCAAGUAAUACAAAAUUCUUCCACAGUGCAGUAGAAAUUAAAAAGAGAAAUUCCCAGCAUGAGCUAACAGGUCAUGAUAUCAGUACUCCCUUCAGCCUUCAGGAAAGAUCUGUGUGUUGUCCACCUAUAUCACUCAGACUUGAAGAAAUAGCUAGUGGUUCCCAGGAUUAUGACCCCAAGAUUUGGGAUGAUCUGCCACUCUCUGAAAGCUUAAACAAGUUUCUGGCAGUUAUCGAAAGUGAGAUUGCUAUAACUCCAGUGGAUGCCAGCAGUAGGAAGCCUCAUCUAGAUAAUGGCAUCGAUGAAUUACAUGCAGACCUCAGCAGUUUAUCUGUGACUCCCCAGGGAACUGCUGGAGCCUUGCUUACACCACCUAUAGCGUUAAGAGCAUCACAAGCAGCAGUCAAAGCAAACUCUGGCAAAGGUAACUUCCUUUCCAACUGUGAAGCAAAUCCAGCUGCUAGUUUUCAGGAGUCACAACCAGAUAACACGGCAGAGGCUGUCUCUGUAGGUAGAAAUGGAAGAGAUAUUUCUGAAUGUUUUCCAGCAAAUGCUUCUCUGUCAGCUCUGUUUCCAGCUUCAAAAGGUUUAGGAACAACAUCUAUUCUUAGGAAGUCUACCAGAAUUCCACCACGUAGUGCUACAAUUUCACAUACACACAGUACUUCAGAGAGUGACCAUUCUUGUCUCAGUAGCAAGUAUUUUAAUGGAUGUGGAGAAAAAUCACCUUUGGAAAUGAGUGAGAAGUGGAUGACAUUGUGUUCCAGGAGGUAUAAUGAUGUUUCUGACCUUUGCAGCUUAGAAAAUAAACAAUGUAGGAGAUGGCCAAAGAACCAAGGUGACAGUCUUACAAUUUGCAGGAAACUUACAUAUUCCUUAGAAGCUCUUUGCAGCAGUCCAAGUAGAAGUACAGAUGCAUUGAAAGAAAUGCCUUAUGGACAUACCAGAAAUAACUUAACACAGACCUAUGUUCCUGGUCAUGAAAGCAGCUACAAUGCUUCUGCUGAUCUCUUUGAUGAUAGUGCUAAAGAAAUGGACAUGGCAACAGAAACCACCAAAGAGUCACAGGAUGUUUUGUUACAAUGGGGAAAGUCUUCGGCAGAAAGUCAGCAUAUAGAAUCUGAUUUUUCACUGAGGUCACUGUCUGAAAACUUAAGCCAAUCUUCACAAAAAUUAUCCUUGCCAAACAUGCCUGCCCCAAUGAAUCCAAAAACAUGCUCUUCACCACAUUUUCCAUCAGAUUCAGAAAGUGAUGUUGAAGAUAGUCAGGACUUUGUUCCAUGUUCACAGUCAACUCCUGUUGCAGGAUUCCACCAAACAAGAAUUCAUGGGGUGAGAGGAGCUUUCAAGAAACUACCUUCCUUUUAUGUGGAUCUUGAUACUAACUAUAAAGAAACAAGGAUUUCCUCUGAAAAUGAGGCACAGCAAGCCACUCCCAGGUCUCAAAAAAAUAUAAAAACACCCAGCCAGAAAUCCAAAAGCCCUGUUAUACCUGGUGUUACACAACCAGAGGUUGUCAACAACUGUUCUAUUGCUGAGUGCUUUGAAUCUGACAUUGAUGAAUGGGUCCCUCCUACCACAAGAAAAGCAUUUCUUCCCGAUAUGCUUGGAUUCCAAGCCGUGGGUCUAAGAAAAUGCCUUGCUGCUUGUAAUUCUCCUGAUCAGAACACAUUACCGAGAAAGAAACUGAAGUGUGUCAAACAAAGAACCAAUAAACGUUUCAUUAAGAAAGAGUUAAAUUUAAAGAACACGCUUACAGCAGUAGUUGCAAACCAGAAAACUCCUAACUACAGCAGUACACACUCAGGCUGGAUUUCCAAAGAGUCAGUGUUGGGACUUGGUUAUGGUUCAGAAGUCAGAUGUUGCCUUUCGUUUUCAGAAAAUUGGCCACCUUCAGUGCCUGAAACUAAAAAUGCUUGGUCUCCUGAAUUGUUUUCACAGAAAGUCACCUCAACCCAGUGGCUAAACCUUUAAAGGUUUGUUUGGAACAUUUGCCUCCACUGGCAUGGGAAGCAUUCUUCCCAUUUUGAAUACUUGAAGAGACACAAAUGGAAAAGAGGUGCUGUCUUUUAAAAAUGUUCAUAAAGCAAUUGUUUUUCUGUGUUUUAUCCAGAAUAUUCUGAUCUGGAUAACUUGGCACUUUAUAUUUUUGAUUGUAUGUUAGUAAUAUUAUUGGUUUUGCCUGUUAAAAUUAUUUGUUAAACUCACAUGUACAUUCAGAAAUAAAGCCUUUACAAAGCAAAACUUAAAAUCCUCAUUAAUUGGUCAGCUCAGCUCAGGAAAAUGCCUGUUGUGUAUUAGGCCAACUACUCUGUCAAGUUUGUGAUACCAAGCCUACAAGAUCACUGAUCUCAAAAGAUUUUGUUCCACUAGGUAACAGACAUAUUACAGUUUCACUAUAAUGCAGCAGAUGCAAUGAAAGAGGUUUUUAAUGGCUAUUAUAAACAUUCAUGUUGCUAUGGGAUCCUGAUAGAGAAGCAGUUAGCCCAGCAGAAUCUGGGCUGGGGGUAAGAAAAAAGGUCAAUAAAAACUGAGUAGUUAGAGUUAAAUGUGAAACUGUGACUAUUUUAUUUAAUAAAUAUUCAUUAUAUGCUUGCUUCAUUCCAGGUACUGGGAACGCAAAAGUGAAAGCCAAGCUCUUUCCCUCAAGAAACUCAUGGUUUAGUAAACAAACAGCAUCUGAUAGUUCUGUGAUUGGAGAUAAGCUUGUAGUGCUAAUAAGAGCAAAAAUCAGAAGUUUGUAGACACACAAGUCCCCAGCAGCCCCUCAGCUAAACCUUUAGCUGUGAAACCUGUACUCUGUUCAGCUCCCUGUGCCAUUCCCCACAGCCUCUAUUCCAAAUCUUCAUUCUCUUCACGCCACCAACCUACUGCUCCUCAUCUUGCUUCCUCCUUCAUGGAGAAGCUUGAGAUCACCUGUUGUUUCCCCCACUUUCCACACCCAUACCUACUCAUCUAUAUCUGUACUCAUCACAGCUUCUUCCCUCUAAUCUCAGAAAAUGAUGCACACCUUCUAUUUAGUGCUGAUCUUUCUCGUGUUUGGCUGUUAAUCAAUUACCAGUAUACCCAUCUUUACCUUCUCACUGUCUUGUUUCUCUUCCUCUCCCUAACUUUUCACUUUGAAAAUUUACAAACACGUAAGAGUUGAAGGAAUAGAACAGUACAAUGAUACAGCAUCUAUACAUACCAGUUAUAACCAGUUUUGUUUAAUGUUUUGCAUGUAUGUGGAUUUGCUUUCAAUAUAUCUGUAUAGAUCUAUAUAGUUUUUGCUGAGCCAUUUGAAUUUAAGCUGUGGAUAGGACAUUUCAUCCCUAGGUACGUCAACAAAUUUCCUUUAAAAAGACUAACUACAUAACUACAAUAUAAUUAUCACACCAAAGAAAAUAGCAAUAGUUCUCCAGUAUCUAAUAUUCAGCUCAUAUUCAAAUUUUUCUACUUGUCCCUAAAUUGUCUUAUAAUUGUAGUUGAUAUUAUUUAACCAGGAUUUUGUUAAAGUUUGUCCAUGAUAUAUGGUUAUGUCUCCUGUCUUUUUCUAGAAUUCUUAUUCUCUAUUACAUUAAAUUUAUGAGAAAAUUAGACCAUUGUUUUGUAGAAUGUCCUACAUUUUAGAUUUAUGUAUUUGCCUAAUUUUAGUGUACAUACCUUGUCUCAUUUCCCCCCAAUAUUUCCUGUAAAUAAAACGUUCCCCAUCAAUAUAUCCUAAGAAUCCCGAAACACCAAUCUAAAAGAAUAUAUGCAACAAUAUGUUCAUAGCGCCCUGACCAGUUUGGCUCAGUGGAUAGAGCAUUGGCCUGCGGACUGAAAGGUCCCAGGUUCGAUUCCGGUCAAAGGCAUGUUCCUUGGUUGCGGGCACAUCUCCAGUAGGGAGUGUGCAGGAGGC